GCUGGGGUCGGCCCCCGGGUGUGGGCGUCCGCGAGUGGAGCUGUCGUCUGCCGCCGCCAUGGUUCGUCCGCUCAACUGCAUCGUCGCUGUGUCGCAGAACAUGGGCAUCGGCAAGAACGGGGACCUGCCGUGGCCCCCGCUCAGGAACGAAUUCAGGUAUUUCCAGAGAAUGACCACAACGUCGUCAGUGGAAGGUAAACAGAACCUGGUGAUUAUGGGGAGGAAGACCUGGUUCUCCAUUCCAGAGAAGAAUCGGCCUUUAAAGGACAGAAUCAACAUAGUUCUCAGUAGAGAACUCAAGGAACCGCCACAAGGAGCACAUUUCCUCGCUAAGAGUCUGGCUGAUGCCUUAAAACUUAUUGAGGAACCAGAAUUGGCAGAUAAAGUGGACAUGGUCUGGAUAGUGGGAGGCAGCUCUGUGUAUAAGGAAGCCAUGAAUCAGCCAGGCCAUCUCAGACUGUUUGUGACAAGGAUCAUGCAGGAAUUUGAAAGUGACACGUUUUUUCCAGAAAUCGAUUUGGAGAAAUACAAACUGCUCCCAGAGUACCCAGGCGUCCUUUCUGAUGUCCAGGAGGAGAAAGGCAUCAAGUACAAAUUUGAAGUUUAUGAAAAGAACGAUUAAUACAAAGGCGUUUGCUGGCUUAUCUCCAGUCCUACCCCUCCCUCUGAAAGUUACAGAUUUGGACAUUGGGAAACAGACUGUUGUUGUUGACUUUAGGCCCGGGGAGCAUUGCUUCUAAAUCGUGUGUCUUCAUCCCCCACUUAGGGGACUGGACCAUUCCUUGCCCCACCUGCCUCAGCGCCUCCCCCACACACCUGCCUAGGGCAAGCGAGCCCAGAGCGGGAGUCUCCCGGGAGCCUAGUUGACACCAGGGAUCACAGACGUGGCACCCAGACAGAUUGGCCCAGUGGGCAGAAACGCGUUAUAAAGAGAAGAACUGCAGCUGAGAUUUUACCAGAAAAGCAGAUCGGAAUAGGAGCUGGGAUUACUCUGGGCACCUUGUCCGUCUGAGCGGAGUUCUGCUCACUCGGGGAGUCAGUACUGAGAACCCUGUGGGUCCCGCGGGCGUGGCAAGGAAGCCACCGCGCCUUUUUGCUGGGUGAGAGAAGGAAAGGGCUGAGGCCUUAGGAUGGCUGUUUCUGAUGUUUGGGGAGACGCAGGGAUAGAACCAGAACAGGCUGCUCUCUCCAAGAAAGUAACCCAGUUACAAGCCCGGGAGCCAGCAUUAAGAAUGCAGAGAGAAUGAAAUGAGAAUGGCUGUUCCAGAAACCAAAACUAGUAAAUUAGUAACCACACUUCCCGAACCUGAAAAGUGAAAAUUAAAACUUGUUUUACCUAUCACAUUAGCAAAAAUGUAGGUCAUUAGAUAGGUAAAGAAAUCUCGUGUUCUGUGGCCAGUGUUUGGUGCAGUGGGGGAAGCCACUACUUGGCAUUCCGGAUCCGAGUGCCAGCUCGAGUCCGGCUGCUCCACUUCCGAUCCAGCUCCCUGCUGAUGUGCCUGGGAAGGCAGCAGAGGAUGGCCCAGGGGCUCGAGACCCUGCCACCCACACGGGAGACCCGGAUGGAGUUCCUGGAUCUUGGCUUCAGCCAUGUGGGGAGUGAGCCAGUACAUGGGACAUCUCUCACUCUCUCUGUCUGCCUCUCCUUCUGUCUCUGUUGCUCUACCUUUCAAAUAAAUUUAUAAUUUUUAAAAGAAA